AUGUACAACGCUGGGAGCACGGCGCCGACGAGGAACCCACCCACGGUGUGCGCGGCGAGAGGAGGCGUGCGAGGCCGCGAAAGACAAGCGCGACGGGUUGGGCUUCCUGGGGCGCUGCGGGAAGGCGGGCGUGGCCAGGAGGAGGAGGUAGGGGAGGAGCAGGACGCCAAAGGCGAUCUCCGAGAGCGGCACGGUGGUCGAGAAGGCCAGUACGGCGGCGGCACCCAGUGUGUUGAGUUGCUUGAUGGAGAAGAGAAUUACCAGAAUCAGGAAAGGGAGGGAGCAAAGUUGUUGGCCGAUGAUGAUAUGAGAUUGACAACCUGUUUCCUGCAUCCUCUAGGAGUAGGAUUUGGAAGCGUUUUGGGAAGUAGACUGAAGACCAAGACGAUGGUAAUUCUGGUGAUGAAACAACAUCACAUAUUUCCAAGAGGAGUGGCCGAAGGAGAACUUUUCUAUGUUGUUAAUGUACUAGAUUUACCCGGUGUCCAUAAGUAUCCGUAUAGUUCUGGAGUUUAUCCUGAUCGCACUGAUUUGGAAGUUCGAUUUCUCGCUGUUUAUGAUCCUGCUCAUUGCCAUUCUCAACGACGAGUGAAGCCAUCCCCACAUCCAGAUAGUUGGAAGCUGCCGGAGAUCUUCAUCACCGGCAUCAUCUAUGGCGCCUACCUUGCUGUGAAGGCCGUGGUGUUCUUCUUCGCCAUGACCAGCACUGACUUCUUCAGCGAGAAGUUCCACGUGCGUUCGCUAAGGGGCAACAAGGAUGCGAUGAUGUCUGCCCUCUACCUUCAAGUGAGCAUCAUCAGCCAGGCCCUCAUCUUCGUCACCCGGUCGCGCCGCUGGUGCUUCCAGGAGCGCCCGGGGCUCUGGCUCUGCUUCGCCUUCGUCGUCGCGCAGAUCGUAAGCCAAUACCGAAGGAGAACAGAACAAAUCAAUGAUAAAGAUGGCGUCGACACUCUUCAUGAAUGCCGUUCUUUCUAG